UUAAAGUAUAAUCUUGGAGAUGAUAAUUGGCCAUGGGUUAUGAAAGCUCUUGGAAAAAAAUGGAAGGACUUCAAAUCUGGUCUAAAGAAAAAGCACUACGAUGCUCAUAAUACUUAUGAAGAUCGUCUAGCUGAUCGUGAUUCGAGAGUCCUCCCAGAGCAAUGGAAACAAUUGAUUGAAUACUGGGAUACUGAAGAAGGGCAGACGCGUAGUUUACGAAGCAAAAGUAACCGUUCUAAACAAAUUACUACUCACACUGCUGGCUCAAGAAGUUUUGCUCGUAUUCGUGAAGAAAAGCGAAAGGAAAAGGGAGUAGUGCCAACUAGAGCUGAACUAUUUAAGAUUACUCAUGUUCACAAAAAUGGGGACCCGAUGAAUGAAGAAUGUGCCAACAAAAUUGCAGCCGAUUGCUACUGUUUACCAAGCCUAUGCUCCUCAUUAUUAAGCAUGUGCUGAGAAUGUUCAGACCACCCUGCAUCUACAUCUACUGUUUAUUUUAAUUUUCCUGUGCUCAUGUUGGGUUUGUUGGAGAUGUUGACUAAGCCUCCCAAUUUCUGCACUCUAUUCAGACUGAAU